UCUCCCUCCACUUUCAAGUUUGAGGUCAUCAAGAACUGCAAUACAGGUUUUUUCAAGUUCAACAAACUGCACUUAACUGCAAUUUGAUUCGGUGGGCUAGGUUGCGGAUCAGAUAUCAGAUCAUCAGGAGUUUUUCUAGUCUCAGUCACUGGAGCGCCCUCGUCGAUAGACGUGCAACCCUCAGCUCAAUAAAUUACACUUGCAAAAAGUUCAAACCAACACGUGGUGGAUAUAGGUAAAUAAUAAACUUACCAAGGUGAAAAUAUUGUGAUGUAGAAUAUGUUGAGAGCAUUCGCCGUUCAAUUUAUCCAACAGCGAGGCUACAGCAAACCACUGGUGCGUGUCAGGUUCGCUCCAAGUCCUACAGGUGAUCUUCACUUGGGUGGUCUAAGAACAGCCUUGUACAAUUAUUUAUUCUCUCGCCAGCACAAUGGUCACUUUCUGCUGCGAAUCGAGGACACUGACCAGACCAGACUGCAACCUGGAGCAAUGGAGCGGUUGCGAAACAACUUGAUCUGGGCAGGAAUAAUCCCGGAUGAAGAUCCAGUGAGAGGAGGACCAACAGGUCCCUAUAUCCAGUCAAAGCGGCUGGAAAUAUACCAGGAGUACGUCAGAAAAUUGAUAGAAAAUGGCUCAGCGUACCCUUGCUUCUGCACCGAGCACAGAUUGGACCUGCUAAGACGAGAAGCAGUGAAAGCUCGGCUGGUUCCCAAGUACGACAACCGCUGUCGUCACCUGGAGAAAGAUGUCGUCAAGGAGAAGCUCAGCAAAGGCGUCGAGCACUGUAUCAGGUUCAAGUUGAGUCCAGAGCCUCAAGGAUUCAAGGAUCUAGUUUACGGAGACUUUGAGCCCACCCAGCAGGAAGCGGACUUUGUGAUCAUAAAAGCUGACGGGUAUCCUACUUACCACUUUGCUAAUGUGGUCGAUGACCACUUGAUGGAGAUCUCUCAUGUGCUCAGAGGGGUUGAGUGGCUGGUGUCGACCCCCAAGCACUUGGAAAUCUAUCAGGCCUUUGGAUGGACGCCUCCAAACUUUGCUCAUCUGCCGCUGAUUCUCAAUACUGAUGGCUCGAAGCUCUCCAAGAGGCAGGGUGAUAUCAAAGUUGACUUCUACAGGGAACAGGGAAUAUUUCCGCUGGCUCUGAUUAAUUAUAUCACUCAUGCUGGAGGUGGCUUUGAUAGGGAUUCAUCGAUUUCUUGUUACAGUUAUGAGCAAUUAAUCAAACAGUUUGACAUCAAUAAAAUCAACACCCAUUCGUCCAAACUCAAUAGAGAUACUUUGAUGGAAUUGAAUAAAUUAGAGAUAGUUAAUUUAUUGAGUGAUAAUAAUAAUACCAAAAUUUUAGUGGAAAAAGUACGAAGAUUAGUCCUUGAAACUUUUCCUGACAGACAACAUGAUGGAAGUCUUCAGUUAGAUGAUGAUCACAUUGUAACAAUAUUAAAUUGGGCUGUAAAUAGAAUUCACACUUUAAAAGAUUUAGUCAAUAAAGAAUUUUCAUUUUUGUGGGUGAUGCCUCAAUCACAAGUUACCACUUCGGAAAAUUCUGAAUUAAUAAAAGUACUGAGUACAGAGUUAACGCAAGUAGACAAUAAUGAUUUUCAUAGGAAUAAUUUAAAGACUUGUUUAAAGAAAUUUUCCACUAGCAAUCAUCUAGAGUUCCCGAAGCUCAUGAAAUUGCUCAGAGGUCAUCUCAGCGGACUUGAGCAAGGCCCAGGCGUAGUUGAAAUGAUGGAAAUUCUAGGAAAAGACAAGACACUUAACCGCUUAAACAAGCACUGUAGGUGAUAUAAAUAAAAAAAGUCCUUUUAAUAAUAAUAAUAAUGGUAAUUAUUGAAAUAAAUAUACGUAUACACAGUUGAAA